CUCUAUAGGGUUAAGAAGAUUGCAGUUUAGCCCGAAUGGUAUGUCUAAAUGUCUAAUACUUGUCACGAAUCGAUGACCGACGAGCACCGCCGUCACUUUACAGUGACACCACCCAAUCUCGGCGAGUCUAAACACAAUCCAACGACAGCAUGGAACUGUUACCUAAGAGAACUAUCAAAGCAAAAAAAAUACCAAGAAGCACUAACCGUAUACCGUCACAUGCUCCGUUCAUCAUUCUUCCCAAACACAUUUACCUUUCCUGUCCUCCUCAAAUCCUGCGCCCUCCUCUCUCUCCCCCUCACCGGUUCCCAGCUCCACGCCCACGUCAUCCGAACCGGUUCACAACCCGACCCGUAUACCCACUCCUCUCUCAUCUCUAUGUACUCCAAAUCAUCACUCCCUCACUUCGCUCGUAAAGUCUUCGACGAACAAUCUUUAAACCUAACCAUCUCUUACAACGCCAUGAUUUCUGGUUACUCUUCUAAUUCCAUCUUCCCUGAAGCCGUUAACAUAUUCCGUGAAAUGCGCCGCGAAAUGCGGGUUUCUGUUAAUUCUGUUACCAUGCUUGGUUUGGUUUCGGGGAUCACGCUCCCUAAUCACUUAAAUAUUGGUGCGUGUUUACACGCGUGUGCCUUUACGUUAGGUUUCGAUUCUGAUUUAUCAGUUGCAAAUAGUUUUCUUACGAUGUAUGUUAAGUGUGGCGAGGUAGAAUAUGCGCGCCAACUGUUUGAUGAAAUUCCUGUCAAGGAUUUGAUUACGUGGAACGCUAUGAUUUCUGGUUAUGCGCAGAACGGUCAUGCUCGGCGUGUUCUGGAGAUUUAUAAUGAGAUGAAGAAGGUGAAUGGGGUGAAACCGGAUCCUGUUACGCUUCUUGGUGUUUUGUGUUCUUGUGCUAACCUUGGUGCGCAAGGAAUUGGUCGCGAGGUGGAAAGGAAAAUCGAGCAAUUUGGAUUUCAUUCGAAUAGUUUUUUGAUGAAUGCUUUGAUUAACAUGUAUGCUAGGUGUGGUAAUUUGGUUCGUGCUCGAGAGGUUUUUGAUUGUAUGGAUGAGAAGAAAAAGAGUGUUGUAUCUUGGACUGCUAUUAUUGGUGGGUAUGGGAUUCAUGGAGAAGGUGAAAUUGCUGUCGAGCUUUUUGAUGAAAUGGUUAGGUCUGGCGUGAGGCCGGAUAGAACGGUUUUUGUGACUGUUCUUUCGGCUUGUAGCCAUGCUGGGUUGACUGAGAAAGGUUUGGAGUAUUUUGAUGAGAUGGAGAGGAAGUUUGGUUUGCAGCCUGGUCCUGAGCAUUAUUCUUGUUUGGUUGAUCUUUUGGGUCGGGCUGGUAGGUUGAAGGAAGCGAUGAAUCAGAUAGAGUCGAUGAAGGUGAAACCCGAUGGUGCUGUUUGGGGAGCACUUCUUGGUGCUUGCAAGAUUCAUAGAAAUGUUGAACUAGCAGAAGUGGCAUUUCAACAUGUGAUUGAGCUUGAACCUACAAAUAUAGGUUACUACGUUUUGUUGUCGAAUGUGUACUCUGAUGCUAAAAACUUAGAUGGGAUUUUGAGAGUUCGAGUCAUGAUGAGGGAUCGAAAGCUUAGAAAGGAUCCUGGGAUUAGCUACUUGGAGUAUAAAGGAAAAAUGCACCUUUUUUACUCUGGGGAUACAAAUCAUCCCCAAAGUAAGGAAAUAUAUCGAAUGUUGGGUGAAUUGGAAAAUCUUGUGAAGGAGAUUCAUCAACCAGAUCACAAGUGUCAAGGAAGGAGUGAAGAACAGUUAACUGGUGCCGGGGUGCACAGUGAAAAAUUGGCAAUUGCUUUUGGUCUAUUAAAUACUAGGUCUGGAACAGAUAUUACUGUCAUGAAAAACUUGAGAGUGUGUGUGGAUUGUCAUGUGUUUAUUAAGUUGGUUAGUAAGAUCGUCGAUCGCCAAUUUAUUGUUAGAGACGCCACUCGCUUUCACCAUUUCAGGAAUGGAGUCUGUUCUUGCAAGGACUAUUGGUAAAAUCAUUGCAGCAGAGUACUAUUUAUGAAAAUAUAAUGUAUUUUGAUGGACAACAAUGAUGUCUGCCUCCACCAACCUAGUUGACUAUAGCUGUUUGUCAGUGAGAGAACUAAAAGGAGAUAUGUUGAGAAAUUCUAGGGAAUAUGUUGUUCUCGUCUAAAAAUAUAUAGUCGGUCUCAUGUUUAUACUCACUGUGUUAUCCUUGUUGUAUGAGCUCGAUCACAUGUACCAAAAUAUCUGGUACUAAACAUAUGCAAACACGGUCCUUUGGCGAAAAAUGUUUGAAUGCUCUCAACUUGGCCAAGAAAGAGUGCAAUUUUAACACAGGAUUUGCAAUUUUUGCCGAAAAGUAUAUGGAUGGCCUUCAUUAUUUGCUGAAAUUGAAAGAAGAUAAGUCAGCUAGCUACCUAGUAUACAGCGCGACAAUGCUGUGUCUGCUGCAGAGAGUUGGUUAUUAUGAUACUCUAGCAAAACAGGAUUCAGUGUUCUUCAUGUUUGAGUGGAAAUUCUGGGGGAGAGACUUCAUUCUGAUUAUUGCUCAUUCAUUCUCAUCCGACAUCUUUCUUUUGAAACUAUACUCCAAAGGAGAGGGUGACCGACAUAAUGCUCCACAACAAGUUCCCCCAGUCCCUUGCCCAACCUCCUUAAUUGUGUUGGUACCUGUAAUAUUACCUCCAAUUUUCUCCACCCCACAAAUAAAUUAACCGGUCCAAUUGAUGUUAAAAAGAAAAAAUGUUUAAAUAUUUUUUUGUUAUUUGCAAUUAUCAUUUUUUUUUUAA